CGCAAGCGUGAAAAGCUGCUGUUCCGAGGAAAAGGCACCUUCGCACGCUGUUCUUCCGAUAAAUUGCUUUUAAAACUGUAUGAUUAAAAUAAUACUUUCAAACGUAAAUAAAUCUUGAUCAGACCUCGAAGUGCCACGAUAUUAUUCAUAAAAGUUAUAUUGAACCCAUUUAAAAACAUGUCUUCACUACUUCCCACUCUUCGACCUCUACUCUCUGUGGUUUUCGUUUUAUCACUAUGCAGUUGUGAAGGCUUGGUAUCAGGACGUGUGAAACGACAUCUGCUUGAACUAGGUUCAAUGGUGGAGUGGACCACCGGCCGUAAUUCAUAUUUCUAUGCUUUCUAUGGACAUUGGUGUGGCAUCGGGGGAAAAGGAAACCCAGUAGACGCAAUCGACAGGUGUUGUAUGGCUCAUGACAAGUGUUAUGGAGUGGUGUCAUCGAAUGAAGAAUGUAGAAACGUUAAUGUCUACAAAGCCAACUACAGGUGGUUUACUCUGAGUAUAACACGUGAUAUCGUUUGUGGAUCAGACAACGAUCGUUGUGCUGGAGCUAUAUGUGAAUGUGACAGGCAGGUGGCUCUAUGUUUUGGUCAGAAUCAAUACAACGAAGCUCAUGCAUUUGACCGUCUGCAAGAAAAAUAAUUCAGGAAGUAUACGAAAGAGAAGUGUUCAGUAAUAAAUGAAUUAAUUACAUG